AUGUCGUAUUCAUGGUUCGGGGCCCCUACCCCUUUCAAUGGCACCACGCCCAACGGCGGUGAUUCCGCCUCCGAAAACCUCAACCAAUGGUUCCAAUCAGGCGACCAGGCUUUUAUUCUGAUUGCAUCAUGCAUGGUCCUCAUCAUGAUCCCGGGCGUCGCCUUCCUCUACUCCGGCCUUGCCCGUAGAAAGUCGGCUCUAUCACUCAUAUGGGUGUGCAUGAUGUCCUCCAGUGUCGUCAUGUUUCAAUGGUACUUCUGGGGUUACUCAUUGGCGCUCAGCAGCACAGCGACCAACGGCUUCAUCGGCAACCUUCGACACUUUGGUCUCAUGAACACACUCGGUGCACCUUCUCCCGGCUCUCAACUCAUCCCUGAGCUCCUCUAUGCUUUCUACCAGAUGCAAUUCCUCGGCGUAACCGCAGCCCUCGUUGUUGGAGCCACCGCCGAACGUGGUCGCGUUGUCCCGGCAAUGGUCUUCAUCUUUAUCUGGGCAACACUGGUCUACUGCCCUCUCGCCUGCUGGGCUUGGAAUGUCAACGGUUGGGCCUUCAAGUACGGAGUGAUGGAUUAUGCUGGUGGUGGUCCCGUCGAGAUUGGAUCCGGUGUCUCGGCUCUAGCUUAUUCUUGGGUUCUCGGCCGACGUAACGAGAAGAUGAUGCUCAACUUCCGUCCUCACAACAUCUCCCUGAUUACCAUCGGUACCGUCUUCCUCUGGUUCGGCUGGCUCGGCUUCAACGGCGGAUCUGCUUUCGGCGCCAACCUUCGUGCCGCCAUGGCGUGCUGGAACUCGUGUCUCACGGCCGUGUUUGCGGCCGUGACCUGGACCCUUCUCGAUUACCGCCUGGCCAAGAAGUGGUCGCUCGUCGGCUGGUGUUCCGGUACCAUCUCGGGUCUCGUCGCCGCUACUCCCGCUUCCGGUUAUAUCCCUCCCUGGGCCAGCAUCAUUCUCGGAGUCGUUACUGGAGUCGUUUGUAACUUCGGCACUAAGAUCAAGUUCAUGAUCGGCAUCGAUGACGCUCUCGAUAUAUUCGCUGAACACGCUCUUGGAGGCGUUGUGGGUCUGAUCUUCAACGGUUUCUUUGCUGCGGAUUACAUCAUUGGCUUGGAUGGCGUCAACCAGGAAAUCCCCGGCGGCUUUAUCAACCACAACUAUAAGCAGUUGUACAUUCAGAUCGCCUACGUUUGCGCCACUAUGGGAUAUUCUUUCGUCAUGUCUGCUCUCCUCGCCAAGGCCGUUGACAUGAUCCCAGGUCUACACCUCCGCGCUUCCGAAGAAGCCGAGCUCCUGGGCAUGGAUGAUGACCAGCACGGCGAGUUUGCUUACGACUACGUUGAGGUUCGCCGCGAUUACCUGGCAUGGACACCAGCAGAGAAAGAGCAGAGGCAAGACGGCGACAUCAUCGUUCCUCAGCACGGCAUCGAAGGGCAUCAGGACCUGUUGAGCAGCUCUCGCCACGGAGCCAACAUGUCCGAAUUCCCACACCAUGAAGAGGAGGACCCGCGAGAGAAGGCGGGCUCGACCUCGGAAUAA